CUGAGGGAGAGAGCGCCUAUUAGUUGAUAAGAGAAAAAUGGACAAGGCAAGAUGCAGAAUUAAGAAAUUAUACAGUGUUCCUUAGUAAGUAUUUGUCAUGCUAACCAUGUUUUGUUUUUUUUUGUUUUCCAGGGAGCAGUGUGGUUGAGGGGGAGUUUAGGAUUACGAAUCAGAAUUUCUGGCCCGGCCUCGAGGAUCCCACGUCAGAGGAGUACCGAACCAUGGCCCAGUCUAUCGAGAACGAGCUGGACAUGUUAUUUCAAGCAUCAGUUUGGGCUCAUGAAUACAACCACAGUCAAGUCAUAUCCUUGUCAGAAGGCUCCCUACUGGUUCGGGCCCAGCUGGUGCUCAAUACAGCUGACGUGGCUGCUGCUCAGAAGUUAGGCACAGUUUUCCUCCGAGGGCUCCACAACCGUCAUGGGCAUGAAUGGUUGGGGCAAUACUCUGUUGAUAUAACGUCCAUUAGGUUCACUGAGGUGUUAGUGGACACCUUACCUUCGUCCAGCACCCCACCACCAACCACUACUACCACCACCAGCACAACUGCUGGUGGCAUGCAGGAGUCUUCCACAGUGGUCAUGGAGGCUUCUCAUCAUCUAGCAAACCUCAAUGUUGGGUGGGGAGAUUGGAGUCCAUGGUCUUCCUGCUCCCCAUGCUCCCCACAGUAUGACCAGAUCAGAACCCGGGAAUGUCGGCUGGAUGCAGGUCAAGGCUUGUUGGUGAACAGCAUUGAGCCCUGCCUGCCAUCAGGCCUGACUGGACAUGGCUCAAGAGGAGACAUGGAGACUCGACCAUGCCAAUGCCACCACACCACUGGUACCUCCACAUCUUCCACCACCACAACCACCACCACCAGCUCAACUACAACCACUACCACCUCCACCACCACAAGCACCUCAAAACCAUGGAGGGAAGAGCAGCCACAGAAAGAAGAGAGAGUGGAUGAAGUUGUCAAUGAGCGGCUGUGUGACUCAUGCUUGCCUGGGGAGGUGUGUGUUGGACUACAGGGAGAGCUAUACCCUACAUGUCGGCCUGCACGGGACUCAGGGGACAGGACUGGUUGCGGAGGGCUCUGUGCACUUGACACUGAAGUGUGCCAAGCUCUUGGGUCCAGGGCCUUCCAGUGCCACAGUGCCUCUCUCUGUCUACAUGAUGAGUGGCGGUGUGCUGAUGGACUGUGCAUCCCUUUCAUCAAGCGGUGUGAUGGACACAUGAACUGCUAUGAUCAGAGUGAUGAGCAGCACUGCAGUUGUGGUCCAGAUAAGUUCCAGUGUGGCAACAAUACUUCAUGUCUCCCUGUAACCUCAAAGUGUGAUGGCAAAAUGGAUUGUUGGGAUGGCUCAGAUGAAGCCAACUGCACCACCUGUAAGUCUCAUCCAGGAGAUUGA